AUGGUGGUGGUCCUGCUCCACGGGCUGCUGCUCCUCCUGCUCUUGGCAGCCUGGCUGCUCUACCAGUACAAUGCCAGCUUCCACUACUACUGCAAGGUGGCUUUUUUCAACGCCUGGAUCGUGGCCAUGGCCACCCUCCUGUCGCCCAUUGUGGCUCUGCGGGGACGCUCCGUGGAGAACAUGAAGGUCCUGCGUGCUGUGAUCCUGCCCCUCAAACACAUCUAUGGCAUCAAGAUCCAAGUGUGGGGUUCUGAGCAUCUGAAGAUCAAGGAGCCCUUUGUGAUAGUUUGCAACCACCAAGCUUCCCUUGACCUCAUGGGCAUGGUGGAGGUAAUUCCUGAGCGCUGUGUGCCCAUCGCCAAGAAGGAGCUCAUGUACAUGGGGACGGUGGGGUGGGCCUGCUGGCUCUGUGGCAUCAUCUUCAUCGACCGCCACAGAAGAGAAGAUGCCAUCGACGUCAUCUCCCAGACAGCCAGGACCAUGCGGCGUGAGAACCUCCGAGUGUUGAUUUUCCCUGAAGGCACCAGGAACCAGGAGAGAUCGAUGCUGCCCUUCAAGCGUGGGGCGUUCCACUUGGCCGUGCAGGCUCAGGUUCCCAUUUUCCCCAUGGUGAUCUCCCCAUACUGGGACUUUUUCAGCUCCAAGGAUAAGAAAUUCAACUCUGGGACAUGCACCGUCCGAAUCCUUCCCAAGGUAGAAACCCAGGGCCUGAGCCCAGAGGAUGUCCCCAGGCUGACAGAGACUGUCCAGCAGGCCAUGGCUGAUGUCUUUGCCGAGAUGUCUGCAGAUCACUGUGGGGCCCAGG